AUGAGUGUCCGGACCCCACCCCGACUCCUGGACCUGGCAGGAACCAGCCUCCUGAGGGACAAUGAGGCCUCGGCCAUCACUGCUCUGGAGUACCUGCCCACAGAGCUCUUCCCACCUCUGUUCCUGGAGGCCUUCUUUGGGAGACGCAUCGAGACCCUGAAGGCCCUGGUGCAAGCCUGGCCCUUUGUCCGCCUGCCUCUGGGGGGCCUGAUGCACAUGCCUCAGGAGGAGACCUUCCAGGCAGUGCUGGAUGGGCUCGAUGUCCUGCUGGCCCAGAAAUUUCGCCCCAGGAGGUGCAGACUGCGGGUGCUGGACUUACGGAACACCGGCCAGAACUUCUGGAGCAUGUGGUGGGUGGAGCAGAGGAAAGGUUUGAUUCACCUGCGCUGUAAGAAGCUGAAGAUCGUUUCAAUGCCCGUGGGAACUAUCAUGAAGGUCCUGAGUCGUGUGCAGCUGGACUGUCUCCAGGAGGUGGACGUGGACUGCACGUGGCGCCUGUCCGCCCUGGCCAGGUUCGCGCCUCUCCUGGGCCAGAUGACUAGUGUGCAGAGACUCCGUCUCUCCCACGUCCGUGUGUCUGAAUUUGAUCAUCAGCAGCAGCAGCAGCAGCAGCAGCAGCAAGUUGUCCAAUUUACCUCUCAGAUCCUCAGGCUGCACCACCUCCGGGAUCUCCAUUUGGAAUCUCCCUCCUUCCUCGAAGGCCGCCUGGACCAGAUGCUCAGGUGCCUGAAGACCCCCUUGGACAACCUCUCAGUAACGAACUGCCAGCUAACAGAAUCAGACUUGAGCCACCUGUCCCGGAGCCCAAACAUCAGUCAGCUGAAGGGCCUGGAUCUGAGUGGCAUCAGCUUGAGCGACUUUCGUCCUGAGCUGCUCCAAGGUCUGCUGGAGAAAGUCGCAGCCACCCUCCAGGAGCUGAACUUAGAGCAGUGUGGGGUCAUGGACCCCCAACUUGAUUCCAUCCUGCCCGCCCUGAGCUGCUGCUCCCAGCUCAGCGCCUUCAGCCUGUGUGGGAACCGCCUCUCCAUGGCCAUCAUGGGGAAGCUGCUGCGAUGCACUGCUGGGCUGCCCAGGUUAAGGGAAGAGUUCUAUCCUGCCCCUCAGGAGAGUUACGGCCCUGGCGGAGCCCUCCAUCUGGGGAGACUUUCCCAGCUUCGGGCCAAGCUGAUUGAGAUCAUGAGGGGCCUCGGAGGUCCCAGGGCCAUCUGGCUCAGCUCCAGCCCCUGUCCUCGCUGGGGCAGCAAGCUACGCUCUCAUGAGGAGCCCUUUCUCUACCACUGCUACGUGCCGGCCUAG